AUGCUUCUUCUUAUAUGGACCGGGGUGCUCAUCGCAGUUAUAUAUAUUUAUAUUCGACGAAUCCAUUCGAGAUUCACAACGUACGAUGUUAAGCAAUUACCACCGUUGCCCUUCAUUGGCAAUGUAUUGCCGCUCGUCCUGCGCAAGAUACACUUUAUAGAGGAUUUGUCACGUUAUUAUGAUAGCUUUCCUGAAGAAAGGUUUGUUGGUAAAUAUGAAUUCACAAAUCCGGUUAUAAUUGUGCGUGAUUUGGAACUCAUUAAAAAGAUAACUAUUAAGGAUUUCGAUUAUUUCGUGGAUCAUCGAGCAUUUACAGAUGAGAAGGUAGAGCCUAUAUUCGCAAGGAACCUUUUUACAUUGAGAGGUGAUGAAUGGAAGGAUAUGAGAUCAACUUUGAGUCCAGCUUUCACCAGCUCAAAGAUACGAGUAAUGGUGCCAUUUAUGGAGGAGGUGGGAAACCAGAUGAUGGCCGUGUUAAAAAAGCAGACAAAAGCGAACGGAGGUAAACCAGUUGAAAUAGACUGUAGGGACUUGACUCGCCGCUAUGCAAAUGACGUCAUAGCUACAUGUGCUUUCGGCCUUAAAGUGGAUUCGUACACCGAGGGCGAUACAAAAUUUUUCGAAAUGGGAAAAAAUGCUGCGCAAUUUAAAAUGAGGCAAAUGAUCAUGUUCUUUGCGUAUAGUGCGUUUCCGGCUCUUGUUAAGUGUAUGAAAAUGACACUAUUUACUAAAGAAACAACAUCAUUCUUCAGAAGUUUAGUAAUCGAUACAAUGAGAAACAGGGAAGCUCACAAUAUACUACGACCUGACAUGAUACAUCUUCUGAUGGAAGCCAAGAAAGGGCAACUGACCCACGAUGAAAAAUCUAAAGAACGCGAUGCUGGCUUUGCUACUGUAGAGGAAUCUGCUGUUGGAAAGAGGCAAAUUAAUCGAACCUGGUCGGACAAUGAUCUAAUAGCUCAAGCUGUGCUUUUCUUCAUCGCCGGUUUUGAAGGUAUAUCUGCCGCUAUGUCUUUCGCAUUACGAGAGUUGGCACUGCACAAAGAUAUUCAAGACCAGCUAGCGAAGCAUGUAAGAGAAGACUCUAAGAGAAACAAUGGAAAAAUUGACUACACAUCGAUUCAGAAUCUACCUUACUUAGAUAAGGUUGUUUCGGAGGUGUUAAGAUUAUGGACUCCGGGCUUCCAAUUAGACAGAAUCUGUACAAAACCUUACAAUUUAGGGAGGGCAAAUAAUAAUACUGAAAAGGAAUAUAUUCUACAAAAAGGUGAUCAGAUUAUAAUACCAGUAUGGUGUCUCCAUCGGAAUCCGGAGUUCUUCCCUGACCCAGAGAAAUUUGACCCAGAGCGAUUCGCUGAUGACAAGAAGGACCUUAUAAAGCCUAUGACAUAUAUGCCAUUCGGGGUUGGCCCCAGAAAUUGUAUCGGAUCGCGAUUCGCGCUGUUGGAGAUUAAGAUGCUAAUCUAUCAGAUUCUGCUGCACAUGGAAGUUCUGCCGUCAGAGAAAACUGUCUUGAAUCCAGUUUUUUCAAAGGAUACAUUCAACCUCAACCUAGAGGGAGGUUUUUGGUUAAACUUCAAGAUUCGAGAGUAA